AUGGCCCUGCGAGUCAAGCCGACGACUGCCCUGGUUCCGUUCCGCGCGGCGGCCGCCUUCCCCAUCACCUCCCGCCGAGACGCAAGCUCACUGACUCCUCACGGAGCUGGCUCGAGCCUCGUCAAGCCCCGUAAGGAAGUUCCUCUUCCCAGCGAAGAGGGCACCAAGGGCGUUAUCCAAUAUGCUUUGACCUCUCUCGACGUCAUCGCCAACUGGGCCCGCCAGUCGUCCCUCUGGCCUAUGACCUUUGGCCUCGCUUGCUGCGCCGUCGAAAUGAUGCACCUCUCCACGCCACGUUACGACCAAGAUCGCCUGGGAAUCAUCUUCCGAGCCUCCCCCCGCCAGUCCGACGUCAUGAUUGUCGCCGGCACCCUCACUAACAAGAUGGCUCCGGCGCUGCGCCAAGUCUACGAUCAGAUGCCCGAGCCGCGAUGGGUUAUUUCCAUGGGAAGCUGUGCCAACGGCGGCGGCUACUACCACUACAGCUACAGUGUUGUUCGGGGCUGCGAUCGUAUCGUCCCUGUGGAUAUCUAUGUGCCGGGCUGCCCGCCCACCAGUGAAGCUUUGAUGUACGGUAUUUUCCAGCUGCAGAGGAAGAUGCGCAACACCAAGAUUACACGAAUGUGGUAUAGACGGUAA